AUGGACGUCGUCCAGGAUGAAGUCGAACUCAACAGAAUCCUUCUAGCUGAUGGCGUUCUACUCUUGAUGCUGGUUUGGAUUUGCUCACAGACAAUGCUUGGUGGAGGCUUGGCUAUUCAUAUCACAGUAGGUACAAAAGAAAUAUUUGGUAUAAAGAAAUAUUUGAAGGAAAUAGUGAAGAAAAAGUUAGCACAACCUUAUUCCACGGUAACUUCCAUCGAAAUACGACAUACAACCCACAGUCGGAAUAAGAAUGAACUGAAGUUGAUGAUGAUUGGAUUAGUCAUGAAUGUUAUGCCAACUGUGAAUAACACUGCACACAGGAAUUAUAUAUUUUUGGCUGAAAUGAAUAUGCGCAAUUCACAUAUCAUUGACAUAUGA